AUGGACGCAGCAGCAGGCAGUGCCGACGCUCCUCUCCUGCUCCUUGCCGUCUCCUCGCUAGUCAUCCUCACCGCCAUCCAGUCCAGACGACGACGCGUCCUACGCGGAGCGCCGAGCCCACCGUCGCUGCCUCUGCUCGGCCACCUCCAUCUGCUCGGCUACCCACUGCACCGCGCCCUGGCCUCACUCGCGGUUGCACAAGGUCGUCCUGGGGUCAGCGCGGCAGCGCCGGUCCUCUCCCUACGUCUUGGUGCGCGGCGCGCGCUGCUGGUGUCCGCGCACGCCGCAGCCGUCGAGUGCUUCACUGAGCGCGACGCCGCCCUAGCGGGCCGCCCGCGCCUCCUGGCCAGGGGCGUCCUCGGCUACGGGUGCACUGACAUCCUGUGGGCUUCCUACGGCGACCACUGGUGGACGCUCCGCAGAUUCUUCAGCGCCGAGCUCCUCUCGGCCUCCCGCCUCGCCGCACGCGCCGCCGACCGCCGAGCUGAGGUCGCUGCCCUCGUCGACAACCUGCUUCGCGAUGCAACUGAUGGUGCUACACCGUUGAUGAUGGUCACCCUGCGGCCCAGACUUUUCGAGUUCGUCAUCAACGUGAUGCUUCGUGCGCUCAUCGGCGUGUCCCUCCACGGCAGUGACGCUGCGCGGUGGCAGGAGAUCGUCGAGGAGAGCGUCAGGCUCAACGCGGCGCCCAGCGUUGGGGACCUGUACCCUGCGUUGCGGUGGGCAAUACUCCAAGGAGGGACUGGGACAUCUAUGCUGACAAUCGAAUGGGCGAUGGCACAGCUACUGCUGCAUCCCGAAGCCAUGAAGAAGGUGAGGGCCGAAAUCGACACACACGUCAGAACAGCUCGGCUGGUGGAGGAAUCGGACAUCGCCAGCCUCCCCUACCUACAGUGCGUUGUCAAAGAGACCCUCCGGCUGCGCCCUGUGGGCCCGAUCAUCCCGGCGCACGAGGCCAUGGAGGACUGCACUGUCGGUGGGUUCCACGUCCGGUGGGGCACCAUGAUCCUGGUAAACGCCUGGGCGAUCCAGCGCGACCCCGCGGCGGCCUGGGACGCGCCGGACGAGUUCAUGCCGGAGCGGUUCUUGGACGAUGGUGGCAAGGUGACAACGGCGGCUGCCGUGCCCAUGCUGCCGUUCGGGGUCGGCCGGAGGCGGUGCCCCGCCGAGGCCAUGGCCAUGCGCCUUGUUAGCUCCAUGGUGGCGGCGCUUGUGCAGUGCUUCGAGUGGGACGUUGGGGAAGGGAGAACCAUUGACAUGACCGAAGGUGGUGGGCUGUCCAUGCCUAUGGCAACACCGUUGGCUGCUGUCUGCAGGCCCCGAGAGUUUGUGAAGAGCAUGCUGUCUGCUUCAACAUGA